UCAUGACUUUACUUUUAAGUCUAUAUAUAUAUACUCCGUAUUCUCUAAAUGAAAAGUCUCCUAUAAAUGCAUUGGUCCUCCACUCUAUUCAACUUGCGUUCAGGAAAAAAGACUGGAGCUAGGCCGGAGCUAAAUACAAGACACGAGAAUGGCCUGCAAAUACUUCUCAUUUGCACCAUCUUCAUCCUCUCAUCUCUUUUUCUUCAUACUUUUCUUCUCCUUUCUCCCCCUCCUUCACCAAGUCACUUCUUCUUCGGCCACUUCUCCUUCAGCCCCAGCACAAUCCUCAUCAGAAGUCACUCUCGGCGACGGAGGACCAUCGGAAACCCCCACCUCUACAUACAACGCUAAAUGCGGCUGUAUGUUACCGCCGUUGGAUCCGGUCAUCAGAAAGUCCAUCACAGCCAUAUCCCAAUUCAAGCAGCUAAUCACAAAUGACCCGAACGGGUUCACCAAAACCUGGACCGGAGACGAGCUCUGCUUCAACUCAGAGACCUACAAAGGGUUCCACUGCUACUCCCCUGACGGCAGUACACGGCUGAGAGUCGGCGGGAUCAACUUCAACGGGUUUAACCUCGACGGGACCCACCUCUCUCUGAAUGGGUUCAUUGACUCUCUGCCGGACCUGGCCGUAAUCCACGUCAAUUCCAACAAUUUCACCGCCGGGGAAUCCCCGCUUGCGGUUUCCACCGCCGCUCUCCCCACCCUGUUCGAGCUGGAUUUGAGCAACAACAAGCUCGCCGGAGAGUUCCCCGCCGCCCUUCUUGAGGCCACCAACUUGACAUUCUUGGAUCUCCGGUACAACUCCCUGGUGGGGCCCAUUCCCGACAGGGUAUUCACGUUGGACCUAGAUGCUCUGUUUCUGAACAACAAUGGGUUCAACGGUUCGAUCCCGGAGACCCUCGGGAAGACGCCGGCCUAUUUCCUGUCGUUGGCGAACAACAAACUCACCGGUCCGAUUCCGAAGAGCAUCGGAAAUGCGGCGGCAACCUUAACUGAGAUUCUUCUAUUGAACAAUAAGCUGUCGGGCUGUCUUCCCUACGAAAUCGGGCUGCUGAAAAACGUGAGCGUUUUCGACGCCAGUAUCAACACGUUGACGGGCCCACUUCCUCAAUCCUUGGGAUGUCUCAAGAAUCUGAAGAUUCUAAACCUGAAAAGCAAUGAGCUUUAUGGGACGGUUCCAGAAUCUCUGUGCAAGGUGAAGGGUCUGGAGGAGCUGAUCCUGAGCGGGAACUACUUCACACAGAUCGGACCAGAAUGCAGGCUGUUGCUGGAGAAGAAGGUCCUUGAUGUACAGAAUAACUGCAUUUUGGAUCUUCCGAACCAGAGAAGUGCAGAGGAGUGUAAGAGGUUCUUCGUGCAGCCCAGGAAAUGCCCCGACCCGAGAUCCAUGCUGCAAGUGCCUUGCCAGAUUGUCGAAGUUCCGAAAAUGGUGGCGGAAGAGGCGGUGGAGGCGGUGGCCGAUCAUCGUCUUCGUCCCCGCAAGUCCAAGAGGAAGUCCUCAAGAACUUAUAAAGCCCUCAAUAGUGUACACAGGCACCAUUGAUAUAUAUACUCCGGGCUCCCUCCGUCCCGAAAGAGGUUCGUCAAAUUGAUAUUUUUUAAUACGAAAUUAUUUUGAAUAUGAAAAUUAUAUUAAAAUGUUUCUUAUUCAAAAUAUUUUCAUUAAAGUAUAAACUUUAUAAAUCAUAUACAAAUAUAAUAAUCAAAAUCAUUGCCCAAAGUUUGUCAUACUAAGAAUAUCAAUAUGACGAACAUUUUUUGGGACGGAGGUAAUAUUUGUGAAUCGAUCUGCAUGGUGAUCGAGCUUAUAGUUGACAUUCAUGCAUCAUACAAGUACGUGAUCAUAGCUUCUUAUCAGUGUUUGUUUGCCAUUAUAUUAUUCAUCUUCUGAUCUUUCCUCCAAGAUUUUGCUGAAGCCCUACCGGCUACCGACGUACGAAGUAUGCAAGAACAUCAUCAUCAUCAUUUCUAAUUUACUGUCUUGUUCAGUUCUUUGUGUUUCUUUGUACACUACUCCUUCCAUUUCAUAUGAUUUUGACUUUAUGAUGUUUGACUGACUAUUCAAGAACUAGAGAAAAUUCUCUAAACGGAUCUACUCUGGGAAAUUUUAAUCAA